UUUCCUGUUCUCCUUGAUCUUUCAGUUGAAACUGCAGAAGGAGAGUAAGCAGCAUUUGGAGCAACUCAGAGCUGAGGCCACUCCACAAACUUCCCCCACAUCUGUUGAUGCAAAUAAUGGAAACAGCUCUAUGAGGGAAGAUGUUGAGCUGCUGAAGUCAAAGAUCAAGCGCCAGGAUGGCCUUCUUCAGAAAUGCAGAGAAACCAUCACAAGUUAUAAGGAGAAACUGACUCAGUUAUCUCAGGAUAAGCAGGAACUGAUUGAGAAACUUGACCUUGUGUCAAAGACCGGUGACAAAGGCAACCCUCAUAGUCCAGAUCAAGUGUCAAGGCUUCAAACACAAAUGCAGGAGGCAAGAAAAGUCAUUGAACAGUUACAGUUGGACAGAGAAGUGGCCAUUGCUGAAGUCAAACAACAGAUCCAUGAGGAAAUGGAGAAGAAAGAUGCAGAACUUGAACAUAUGAAACUUCAGUGCCAAAAAUUUGUCACUGAAAAUAACAGCCUGAAACUCGAAAUUGAGAGGCUGACAAAUGAAACAGAGGAUCUUCGUAAAAUAAAUCAGGAACAACUAGAAAAGGCUAGAAACAUUAUGAGGAGGCUGAAGGAAGACAAGAGAUUGGCUAUUGAGCAAGCUGAAGCAAGAAUCAGACAAGCAGAGCAGAGCAUGGAAGAGGAGAAGGAGAAGAUGCUGAUUGAUCUGAAGAGGGGCAAAGCUGAGGCUUUCUCUGUAAUGCAGCAAGAAUCAGAGAAGAACUUAGCUGAACAAGUAGAAGCAGCUGUGCUGAAACGAGACCAGUUCUGGAGUCAGAAAAUGGCAGCUCAAGAGGAGGCACAUGGUGAAGUGUUGCGAGCAAAGGACAGAGAAAAGGAGAUGGCUCUGGUAGCAAUGCAGGAAGAAGUGAGGCAGAAGCUCAGAGAGAAGGAGGAUGAGGUCCGACUUGCCCUUGAAGAGAGAGAGUUGCAGAAGAUGGCAGCAGUGACAGGUCUGGAUGAGCAGAAGGACAGACUCUUGCUGCAGAUAGAAGAGCUCAGUUCUGCAAAAAUAGAACUUGGCAAUAGAUUUUCAAAAUUCCAAGAAGAUUCUGAACGUCAGAUAUCGAAUUUGAAAGAGAGGCUGAACCAAAAAGAGGCUGAACACAGUAAAAAGAUUCAAGACCUGCAGUCUGACCAUGAGGAAGCACUAAAGAGGGAGAUGAGUGUUUUAGAGCAAAAAGCUGCAGGAGAAAUUGAGUUGCUGAAACAAAGGCAUGCAGAGGAAGUCCAGUGUUUGAUGGACAAACACGAGCAAGAAUUACAGGAAUCAAAUGCAGAUACAGAGAACUACUACAAAAGUCAGUUUGAGAGUGAGAAAGAGAAGCUGGAAAGUCUUCUGUCUGUGACUGCGGGUCAGCUCGAGGAAAUUAGAAAUUCCUAUUCACAGGCUCAGGCAAAGCUGAGGGAGACAGAACAGCUGCUGCUCAUGACUGAAGCUGGGAAGAUAGAGCAAGUUAGUGACUUACAAAUAAAUUUUCAACAGCUGCUUGAUUUAGAAAACAGUGCAGCUCCUCAGGUUUUUGAGAAGGCAGAUGUGCAGCUCCAUCUGGUCUGUGAGAAUCUGUCCAAAGAGCUAAUAUCUGUAAGGGAAGCACUUUCUGCUUCUGAGCUUGAACUCAGUACACUGAAGACAGAGAGAGCUAAGAUACAAGAGGAGCAGCAACAAAGACCAUCUCAGAGUGAUCAGGAAAAAAAAGAGUCUUAUUCUGUAUUUGUUCAAGAGCUGAAGGAGAGAAUUGCAGAGUUGGAAGAGGAAAAUCGGGGGUUGAAGAGAAAUGUGGAAAACAACAAAAUUCAAGUAGAGGAGCUAGAAAAAUGUAUUCAAAACACUUUGAAUGACAAGAAAGCUACAGAAUCUAAAUCACAAGAACUGGAGGCUCAAGUAGGGCAGUUGCAUGAAGUGAUAAGGACUUUAGAAUCAUGUCAGAAUACUGUGGAGAAGGAAAAGGCCAGUUUAGAGAGUAAACUGACCUGUCUGGAGAAUAUUGUGGAAGAUUUAAAGUCAUCAAAAGCGGAGCUUAAUGAGAAGCUGCAUGGAAGGCAUGAGGCACUACUGCAACAGUCUGCAGAGGAGAAACAGGUUCUAGAGUCAAGGGCUAGUGAGUUUGCUUCACAAGUAGAUAUUCUGAAGGAGGAGAUAGAUGCUCUGAAGAAAGCUCUGUUAUCAAAGAAUGAUGAAAAUGUAGCUUUGCGUUCUGUUGUCGAUGAUAAUACUGGUUUUGUCAGUUCUUUAGAAAGCAAGAUUGAGAAAUUGACUACAGAACUUGAGAUAAAGUCGCAGUCGAAUAGCCAGAAUGAAGCAGCUUUGGCUAAAAGUCAGGAGAAGUUCGAAAAACUGAAAAAUGAAGCUAAUGCUAAAAUUAAAGGCCUCAAAGAAAUGAAAGAUGUUCUCACAGAACAACUAAAUCAGAAGCAAAAGGAAUGUGAGGAAAUGCAACAUUCCCUCAAGCUAGAACAAGAAACUCUCAUGAAGAAUUAUGAAGAACAGUUGAACAAACAAAAAUUAGAAAUGCAGGAAUUGGAACAAACAUUUAAGGAACAGUUUAUUCAGAAACAGGCAAAGUUCAAAGAGAGAAUUAACAAGUUGAAAGAGCACCAUGAAAAUAUUUUAUUAGAAAAAGAUAAAAACUUUGAAGACAGUUUAAAGGACGUCAUGUCUCAGAAAGAUGUUGGUUGUGAAGAUUUAACUGAUCAGUUGGAGAAGGUCAAAGAAGACCAGUUGAAAUCUCUGGAAGAAAAACAUCAAGCAGCUAUCAAUAAUCUGAUAGCUGAAUGGGAAAUCAAAUACCAGACAGUAAGCAACAGUCAAAGCCAGGAGCUUAACACAGUCACAUCACAGUACCAACAACAGAUUAGUGAUCUUCAACAACAGCUCCUGGAGAAGGACAGUGUAAUACAGCAACUAACUUGUGCAACAGCUGAGUUAACUCAAGAGUUGAAUAAUUCCAGAGCUAAAUUAGACAACUUACAAAAGGAGGUUGAAGAGUUAAAAUUAGAAAUGAUGCAGCAAUCAGAAAAGUAUGGUUCAGAAAUUGAAUCUCUCAAUUUAAUGUUAACAGAAAGAAAUACUCACAUUCAGCAACUGACAGCACAACUGGAAGCAGAUAAGUCAGUAUCAGAGUAUGAGGAGAGGGAACAACUUAUGUCUCAGAUUGAGUCUCUAAGAAAACGACUCAACGAAAAGGAAGCCAAGCUUGAAACAAUGGCUGGUACUAUAUCUGCAGAACAAGAACAUCUGCACAAACAGCUACUUCGGCAAACAGAAUUAUCAGAAGAUUUGCAGGCUGAGAACAAUGCUCUGUCAAAGCAGCUGAAAGAUAUUGUGGGAAAGCAUGAAACUUUACUGCAAGAGAAAGUUGCUCUUCUCACUGGCAUCAAGCAGCAAAUGCAUCUUCUCAAAGGGGAGCAUGAUACAUCAAAAGACACUCAUACAAGUUCUAGUGAGGAAACCCUUGUACAAGACACAGAUACUCAGAGCUUAGAAGAAUGUUUCAGACAGUUGAAAGUAGAGAAAGAUACAAAGUUACAUGAACUAGAAUCUGAACUAGAAACCAAAGUAAAGCAAAUCACUUCAUUACAGGAAGAAAUUACACAGAUUCAAGUUACUAGUGAACAAAAGCUAGCUGAGUUCACCCAGAAUCAGGCUAAAGAAUUAGAUGCAUUGAGAUUGGAUUAUGAUUCUCAGAUAUCCCAGCUGUCAUCAGUUAAUUUAGAGCUGAAGAAUGAAACAGACACGUUGAAAUCACAGCUUAAUGAAAUAAUUCACAGCUAUGAAAACAGGUUGAAAGAUGAACAGAUGAAACUGGAAACUCAAAUGGUGUCACACAAUGAACAAGUACAUGUUUUAAAACAACAGCUGCAUGAUGUUCAAGAUAAAUUGCAGUCCACAUUACUUCAGAGCGUGCAAGAGGGAGAAGAGAAGCAUCUGGCUGAGAUUCAGUCACAGCAGACAGUUGUAGACAGAGUUAAACAAGAGGCAGAACAGAAGAUGAAGGAUCUCAGACAGAAAUACAUUGCCAAACUAAAGGAAGUACAGAAUCAAGCAAGCAGCACCAUAGGAGUCCUGGAGGACACUUUACAGAUGGAAAGGGCAGCUAAGAAUGACAUGCAUGAUGAACUGACCAGGGCAAAUACUCGGCUUCUGCAGCUGGAAGAAAAGACAGGGACUUCACGAAACACUAUUGUAGAUUUAGAGCACAAAGUUGUGGAGAUGACAGCUCUGUUAAUGUCAAAAGACAGUGAGAUUUCAAAAUUGAAGGCAGAUAUGGCAGAAAGUGAAAAAAAUAUGCAAGAAAUUCUCGAUGAGACAGAAACAAACUGCAAACAAAUUAAUGAUAAGUUAACAGAAGCUGAAGCAAAGCUCAAAGAAGAAGAGUCAAAUCAACAGCAAGUAAAUUAUCAACUUUUGGAGAAAUUAACUUUGCUGCAGGAAAUGGAGACAUCCAUCAAGGUUAUGGAGAGCAGAUGUUCAGAGUUAGAAACAGUGCAUAGACGGGAGAAAGAGAAGUAUGAGCAUGAACUGCAAGAGAAAAGUAAUGCAUUCCUUGAGCUUCAAGAUUUAUUUCAGAUAACACAGAAUCAGUUACAUGAAGAAGAGAGAAAGAAUGCUGAGCUUGAUGGUAACUUAAAGUCAACUUUAUUAGCAUUAGAACAUGUUCAAACAGAGAAAGUUAACAUUCAAGGAGAGUUGCAGCAGUUAACUGCCAAACAGAUGGAUUUACAAUCAAAACUACUUGAGGUUGAAGUAACACUUGAAAAGUCCUUGACAAAUCACUCCUUGUUGAUGAAAGAGCUGGAGACUAGAUUAUCAGAAAGUGAAUCUCAGAAGGAGCAAAUUGAACAUGAACAUGAGAUCAAGCUAAAUCAGCUAAGACUAGCACACACCUCUGAACUGUCGGCCCUUUCUGAGUCUCUGGAGGCCCAGAGCAGUUCCAAGGUAACAGAGUAUAAGAAAAAAGCAGAAGCUUACAUUUCCCAGAUAAAGCAACAGCUUCAAGAUGAGAAGGCUGCUUUCAUUGAUAGACACCAGGAAGACAUUACAAAACUACAAAAGACAAUCAGCGUUCUCACAGAAGAAGUAAAUGAUAUUAAACUUUCAAAAGAAAAACUCAUUUCUGAGAAUGAAAACAUGGUCCGGAAUAUGAGAUCCCAGUUUGAAGAGGAGAUGAAGUUGAAGCAAUCUGUGAUAGAAGAAUAUGAUCAAAAACAUCAAGAACAUAUUCAGUCUGAAUUGAAUCUGAAGAGAGAGAUAGAUUCAUUUCUUUCAGAAAAAUGUUUGUUGUUAGAACGGAUGUCUGUGAUAGAGAGGGAGAACAGUGACUGGAAAGUGCAUUAUUCUACACAGAAUGAGGAAUUGAUGGCAAAGAAUAGUGAACUUCACAGGAAGUUAGAGUUACUGCAGUCUGAUAGAGAUGAAGAGCUGAUAACUCUGAAAGCAGAACUGGCAGACCUGAAAGAAGAGCUAGAAAACACAGUGAACAAGCUACAAAAAUCCAGUGAAGCUGUUCAGGAAGAACAGAUAUCAAAUGUGGAUGAGAUUGUUAAUCAAACUAAUGAAGUUCUUAUCAGGAAGGACCAACAGACAGAGACUCAUUUUAGAGAAGCAUUAGAGGAAAAUGAGCACAGCAGGCAAGAUUUAGUGCAGGAACACCAAAGAGCUCUGGAUGAACUGAGGCAAGAGAUACUAGAAAAAGACAAGUACAUUGAACAGCUGCGUAUGGAUUAUCAGUCUCAAAUUCAGUCCUUUCAGAGUUCACAAGAGAAGAAGAUCUUAGAGCUUCAGUCUGAACUGGCAUCAACCAAAGUUAACCACAAACAAGAAAUGACAGCUCUUGAAAUGAGACUGAGAGUUGAGCAUCAGGAUAACCAAUCAAAAGACAGUGCUCA